CGCUGGAUGAUCUUGAGGCUCAUGUGAUAACAGCUGAGGGGGUCCACACUGAUUGGCAACCUGUGGGUGACCUGCUUAUUGACUCAUUGCAGGAUCACAUUGAUAAAACCACAGUAACUUUCCUGGAGCAAGUCUGGUUUCCUUCGGAUGAGACGACUUUCAGACAUACUCCCUUUAUUAUGAGAUUUAAUUGCAGUAAAAUGAGGAGGAUUUUUAUUCACUGAGACACACAUGACUAUAUGUUUAAAGCAUUGGAAAAUGCGUUCUGUUCAGACUGUCAUGUUAUCUGGUGUUUGUACCAGGCUUUCUGAUUAAAUGCAAGUGAUUAAGGAUGCUAAUGAUGCCACAUGUUAUUACAAGAGGAAAUGAACAUACAAGUCAGGAUUUUAUGCCACAUUUAUACAUAGCAUAUACCAUGCAGCAUGGAUGCAGUGACUGAGUGAAAUGGGAUGCAGUGACUGAGUGAAAUGGGAUGCAGUGACUGAGUGAAAUGGGAUGCAGUGACUGAGUGAAAUGGGAUGCAGUGACUGAGUGAAAUAGGGAUGCAGUGUCGGAGGGAAAUAGGGAUGCAGUGACUGAGACAAAUGGGAUGCACUGACAGAUGGAAAUGGGAUACAGUGCCUCAGUGAAAUGCUCACAACGAAUUGCCCCCUCCAGUCCUGACCCGCUCUCAGCAACUUGCCCCCUCCGUCCUGCCCCGCUCACAGCGACUUUCCCCAUCCGUCCUGACCCGCUGACAGCGAAUUGUCCCCUCCGUUCUGACCCACUCGCAGCGACCUGCCCCUACAGUCGUGACCCGCUCACACCGACUAGCGCCUGCAGUCCUGACCCGCUCACACCGACUAGCGCCUGCAGUCCUGACCCGCUCACAGUGACUCGCCCCUGCAGUCCUGACCUGCUCACAGCGACUUCUCUCUGCAGACCUGACCCACUCACAGCGAAUUACCCCUGCAGUCCUGACCCGCUCAUUGCGACUUGCCCCUGCAGUCCUGACCCCCUCUCAGCGACUCGCCCCUUCAGUCCUGUCCCAAUCACAAGGACUUGCCCUCUCCAUCCUUACCCGCUCACAGCGACUUGCCCCCUCAGUCCUCAGCCCCUCACAGCGACUUGCCACCUCAGUCUUGACCCACUCACAGCGACCUCCCCCCUCUGUCCUGACCCCCUCACAGCAACCUGCCCCCUCCGUGCUGACCCCCUCACAGCAACCUGCCCCCUCCGUGCUGACCCGCUCACAGUGACUUGCCCCUGCAGUCCUGGCCCCGACACAGUGACCUGCCCCCUCACUCCUGACCCGCUCAACAUUGAGGAAACCAAGCAGAGGCUUGGGGACCGCUUUGCAGAACACCUCCACUCGGUUCGCAACAAACAACUGCACCUCCCAGUCGCGAACCAUUUUAACUCCCCCUCCCAUUCCUUGGACGACAUGUCCAUCAUGGGCCUCCUGCAGUGCCACAAUAAUGCCACCCGAAGGUUGCAAGAACAGCAACUCAUAAUCCGCUUUGGAACCCUGCAACCCAAUGGUAUCAAUGUGGACUUCACAAGCUUCAAAAACUCCCCCUCCCCAACUGCAUCCCAAAACCAGCCCAGUUCUUCCCCUCCCGCGACUGCAUCACAAAACCAGCCCAGCUGUUCCCUUCCCCCGACACCAGCCCAGCCGUUCCCUUCCCCCGACACCAGCCCAGCCGUUCCCUUCCCCCGACUGCUUCCCAAAACCAGCCCAGCCUGUCUCCGCCUCCUUAACCUGUUGUUCCUCUCACCCAUCCCUUCCUCCCACCUCAAGCCACACCUCCAUUUCCUACCUACCACCUCAUCCUGCCUCCUUGACCUGUCCAUCUUCCCUGGACUGAACUAUCCCCUCCCUCCCUCCUCACCUGUACUCUCCUCUCUACCUAUCUUGUUUUCUCUCCAUCUUCGGUCCGCAUCCCCCCCUCUGCCUAUUUAUUCCAGUUCCCUCUCCCAUCCCCGUCUCUGAUGAAGGGUCCAGGCCCGAAAUGUCAGCUUUUGUGCUCCUGAGAUGCUGCUUGGCCUGCUGUGUUCAUCCAGCUCCGCACUUUGUUAUCUUGGAUUCUCCAGCAUCUGCAGUUCCCAUUAUCAGUGGCAUUUUCCGCUUCAUCAAAGUUUGUGCAAAAGCAACACGAUAUGGGGCGGCACGGUGGCUCAGCGGUUAGCACUGCAGCCUCACAGCACUGGGGACCCAGGUUCAAUUCCAGCCUCAGGCAACUGUCUGUGUGGAAUUUGCACCUUGUCCCUGUGUCUGCGUGGGUUUCCUCCAGGUGUUUCAGUCUCGUCCCACAGUCCAAAGAUGUGCACGCUAGGUGGAUUGGCCUUGCUAAAUUGCCCAUAGUGUUCAGGGGCGUGGGUCUGGAUGGGAUGCUCCAAGGUUUGGUGUGCACUUGUGGGGCCAAAGGGCCUGUUUCCACACUGUAGGGAAUCUAAACAAUCCUGUUCCGACACCUCCAUGUUAUAACCCUGCUGAUCACUGCACACAGAGAUGUUUGAUAACAAAAGGAUAACAAUAAUAUUCAAACCCAGUGCUGGAAAUGUAAUUUAAAUGAGUAUUUGAAAUACAGAGGCCAGUGUCGAUCUUCAAUUCAACUUUUAUUUACAAAUGAUCUGUCUUCAACUUUAGCACUGCCUCAUUCAGAGAUAGUUGCCAGGGUGUCAGCGUCUCUGACCCUCACACUUCUUAUCUGUCAGCCAGGGCUCCCUGAUUUGGGCUGUUCAUAUGGAGCAAUCAGUCAACUCUCAUUCUGAGAGGUUCAACUGGCCGACCUGGUCACAAACCAGUGCGGUGUGUUCAUCGAAAAUCAAACAUGUACUAGAAAGGUACCAUUACAUACUAGUGUAAAGGAAGGCAUGACGCUAAACUGGGGAGAGAAGGGAACUGCUAAUGGGGGGUGGCCCAGAGAGUAGAAGAAAAUCGAAUGGGAAGAUGUUACCAUUUGAGACUGAGGGAGAGAGAUGUAAUUGCCUGAAUGAGGCAUUGCAAUUGCGAAAUGGAUUUUUGUGUGUACACCAUGUUCAGUUUCCCCGAUCUGUGCUCCUCUUUAAAUCAUUAGUAUCUGAAAUUUCUGUAUCAUUUCCAAAUGCUCUGUCUCUAAUGUUAUGCUGUUGGAAUUGGUUGAACUGCAGAGAUAUCAUUUAUUUGCACAAAUGUGUUCAGUGAAAUGAGUUGCAUGCUAUAUAUGUAUUAUUCUUCCUGAUUCCAUUGUACGCACACAAAUUAAAGUU